GGUUAAGAUCUCGCGAGACUUUCACAGAAUGAAGGUUACCAUCCUUGGUUACCAUCUACCCCGCUCACUAACGUGAACCCGAAUAAAAUAAUGGGGAGCGUUGAAACCUUCAAGUCUCUUGAAGAUUUCAAUGCAUGUCUUCAACAGUACGAGGAAGACACGAACACAAAGUUUAUCGUUUUGAAGAGCGAUCGUGCAUUUGGCAAAAAUGAUCUGACAGUGGAAAAACAGCUACAGUGGGAAGUGAAGAUUGUUCCCUUUAAUGGCGUGCCUUUUAAGAUAAUUGGGAAAAAGACAUAUAUAUGUCACCAAGGAAGAGACAAGCAUGCCAAAGCCAAACAAAGACGUCAGGAGAGUAAAGCACAAGGUCAUGAAUAUUCAUGCCUUAAAACAAAACGCUUGAUGCAGCAAACCAAAAAAAUGGGUUGUCCUGCAACCAUAAAUGUGGUUCAUAUUGUGAAGUUUCCUGAGUAUAAAAUAACUGAAGAUAACCCAUAUCAGAAACGAGAGAAGUCAUCAGCUGUUAGAGAAGCAUUAAGGCUAGAUCCAAAGCAUGUGCGCACAGAAGAAAUGUUUGCGGCCAGUUUCCCAGAUAUUAAAGAGCAUCAAAACCACCCCAUUUUUGGAAAGGACUCAAGAGACAUUUGGAACAUCAUAAAAAAAAUCAAGGCAGGAAACAGGAAGUCCAGUGCAGACCAUCAUAAUCUACAGGCCUUGGUAAACACAUGGAAAGAAGAGGGCUGUGCCGUUGAGUACAGACCCUCUCAGGAGGAAGAGGAUGGUAGUGUGGUGAAGAUGCUGCUGUGCUUGCAGACGCCGUGGCAGAGGAGGCUUAUGUUACUGUAUGGACAGCAUAUGUGCUUACUGGAAGAAACCUGUCGAGCCGGCAGAAAUUCACUGCCACUCUUCUUUCUGUGUGUGAGGACAAAUGUGAGCUACGCUGUUGUUGGAGUGUUUGUCACUCAAACAGAGACUAAAGAGGACAUCGCAGAAGCCUUGAAGGUGUUUCAGAAGUGGAAUUCAGACUGGAAUCCAUCACAAUUCAUAGUGGACUUCUGUGAGGCGGAAAUCAGUGCUUUAGAGGAGGUGUUUAAGGGUUCUAAAGUGCUCCUCUGUGAUGUUCACCGUGAGAAGGCGUGGAUGGAGUGGACAAGAAAAAAGGACAAUGGUGUGGCAUCUCAGGAAGAGGUUCUUAAACUUCUACAGGCCAUUGCAGAUUCUCAGACGAAUGAGGAGUUUGAGAACAAGACUGUUAUCCUUCAACAACAUCCAGACUGGCAGUCCAAUGAGAAGCUGAGAAGGUUCGUCAGCACAUGGCUUCUUCAUGCAGAGAAGUGGGUGAAUGUGUUCGGAAAUGAGAACUUGAAUGUGGCUGCUUUCAAAAAUAAAGGUGUUGAAAUACAAAAGGAUGUUUUGAAGCAUUCAUACCUCAAGGGACAUCGAAACUGCAGCCUCAGUGAAACACUAGUAACCAUUAUGAGAGACUUCCUGCCGAGAUCAUAUCAAAAAUAUGUUGAAUUGAAUGUCAAAUGCUCAAAUGGCUCACGUAAAUAUAGCACAAAUGUGCCUUGUUAUGUAAGAGAAAGACCAAGAAUUAUGGCUCUACACAUCAUGAAAAGGCACCAAAAAUCGCUGCUCUACAGUGCGAGUGACAUAACAUCUGCUGGAGAGAACAUCUUCAUUGUUCAGAGUCAAACUUCCCAGGAAAAACAUCAGGUGAACUUUGGAAAAGACGAUGAGAUGCCUUCAUGUACAUGCAUGGACUGGCGGAGACAUCUUCUCCCAUGCCAGCAUUUCUGUGCUGUUUUUACCUUAGUUCCUGGCUGGAGUUGGGAGAAUCUGAGCGCUGUGUACAGGAACAACCCUCUUUUCACAUUUGACGAGGUUUGUCUUGGACAGUUUGCUACACUUCCUGCUGAUCUUCAAGGCAAAGAGGUUUUGAAGAAGAAUCAGGAGAACGAUACUAAUCUGGAGACUACUAGAGAGAGCUGCACCUCCAGUCCAGAGAGAUGUCCAUCUCCUGCUGCUCCCUCAGAGACCUUCCUGACCACUCCUAAAGCAGAAAAAAGAGAGAAGUGUGGUACCUUGUUAAAGGAGAUAUCAGAACUGACAUGCCACAUACAGGAUGGGACGUUUCUAGAUUCAGUAACCAAUCGCCUUUCGUAUCUGUUAGAAGAUAUAAGGCAACACACUCCCCAUGAUGACAUCCUUGACCUUUCCUAUGCACCACCUUCCAAGAAAAUGUGUUCAGCUUCCACCGGACACCCUAAAACACUUCCCAUCCCCAAAAGAUGCUGCGUAUCAGUUGAUGAGGGCAACCCCUACAAGUGACUUUUGAACUACAUUUUUAAGAUGUCACUUUCCUUAAUCGUGAUUUG